AAAUUAAAUUAAACGCAUAUUAGAAUUCAGCACAUUUAUUUAUUGAAAACAUUGAAUCUAAUAGCAUCCGAGCUUUAUCCAACGAUAAAAAAAUAAUCUUGAAAUAUUCAGUAAUCUGUAACAAAAAAAAUGUACGAAAUCAAUGCACAGCCCCUCAAUCCGCCAGCUAGCAUAGUUAUGGAAAGAGAGGAUAACGUAACGUCAACUCAACCAGCAUUAGCUACUUACAGAGAGAGUGCUUCACAGGAUUUUAAAGAAAUUGGUCCAGUUGUUCUAAAUGCUAUUCGUAAUUUGAGGGAAAUGAAGGGUUGCUCUCUGAAAGACAUAACAAAAUUUGUCGCUACCAAAAGCCAACUCGACGUUAAGACGUACAACUCUGGCAUCAAAUCUUUUUUGAAGAAGUCUGUGGAAAACGGCAUACUGACUAAGCUGGGAGGAAAGUACAAGUUGAGAGAAACUGCUGGAAGACGUAGAAGAAGCAGAAGCCGAAAGACACCGAAAACUGGAGUUACAAAACGCAAACGUUCUAGAUCAAGAAGACGUGCUACUAGCUCUAAGACAAAAGGUCGUCGAAGAAGUGGUAGGGCUAAGCGUACUACGAAACGACGCCGUUCAAGACGUAAAAUGCACAAAGGUCAUAAACCUGGAGAUAGCUGUGGACAGUAACGGAGAACAUUUUGAAAUAUUUCCACAAAAAUUCUUAAUUAGUAUCUUAGAAAAUUUUAGAGCGGUAUGACUUUGAAAACUACAAAUAUCAGCAUAAUACUCCCACUACAAAUUUAUUAAUUUAAUGAAAUUUUGUAUUUCCGGUUUUUUCCCUUUUCUGGAUUUAUAUUUACGUCAAAUUUAUAACGUGUGAUGGUUAAAAAGUUUGAAUUAAUUUCCAAUUAAAAAAAUCUUUCGAAUUUAAUGAAUUU